UGGCGGGAGAAUAUCGCAAGGCAACGCCUUCCGAAGCCGAUGUACCUGAUGCUCCCGAGCCUGACCCAACUCUAAAUCUUGCUGCCGCGCUCGGUCGCUCGGUCGCUCGGUCCUCCAAAACAAUGGCUUCGAAGACCUACCGCUUCCUUAGCGCAAACCAGGUCCAACGACUCUAUACAACGUACAUAGCCAACACCUCUCCGUCGCAACCGGCACUGUUAGAGUCAGCAAUCACAUCGCCGAUGAACAUCAAACACUAUGGUGGCCAACAAGAUCUUUUUGUACUGGCAGGGGAACUGGCCACGAAGAUCAUGAAAAAUCAUGCGUUUCCGGACGGCAACAAAAGGAUAGCUCUUGUCGCGGCUGAUAGGUUCUUAAAAAUGAAUGGAUACCGGCUCCAGCGACUCCCACUUCACGAGCAGAACAACAUAGCACUUGAAGAUGCUCAUGUUAAGGUUGUGGAAAACAAGAUGUCGGCAGAAGAAUUAGGCAAAUUCUAUGCCUCGAUCGCAACUGCGAUUGAGGAGUGGACUCCGGACAUUAUAGCUUAUCGAAAUGAAGCUAUUGAGUGCUGAGAAGCGAGAAGCGAUUGAGGAGUGGACUCCGGACAUUAUGGAUUAUCGAAAUGAAGCUAUUGAGUACUGAGAAGCGAUUGAGGAGUGGAUUCCGGACAUUAUGGCUUAUCGAAAUGAAGGUACUGAG